AUGUGUUGGGAUUAGAUCUUAGUAGAAGGCAAAACAAUACGAAAGUGGUUAAUUAUUGGAGUUAGUAUUACGCUUGGGAUUACCAUUUAUUCUCUAUUUUUGAUAAGUAGGUCAUACGUAAAUUACACAUUUUCUCCUGAUAUUGAUGACUUAAUGAGCAACUGGUAGAAAAAUCCAAUUUCCAAUUUCUUGGAUGGAAGUAAUUGCAGUGAGUAUUUGAGUAACUAUAAUUGGCCUGGAUUAAGAUCAGGAUGUGACUGCUCAGCUAGUAAUCCAUAAUAUUCAAAACAGAUUACAUUUUUUUCGUGCACUGCAGAUUAACUAGCUAAUAAAUGUGUAAAUGUAAACAACUAAGAUCCUUCUAUAUUUAAUACUUGGCCUACCAGUUCCAAUACAAAUAUUAUGUUUAAGGAAUGCAUUUUUCGUUUAGCAGGAUAAAAUUUUAUUAAUUCAAAUUAAGUGUCUUCUACUUCAAGUUGUAGCAGCAUUACCUAGAAUAAUAUUGAGUAAUAGCGAACAAAAUGUGGAUUCAGCAGCUCUACUAAUACCAAAGGAUAUUAAAUGUGUUUAACUUAAUGUCCUGUUAUAAGCUUGCUAAGUUAAACAAACUCGAAUAAACCAGAAUAUAAUAGCAGAUUAUCGGGAUCAAUAAAAUCAACUUUCUUUUAUACAACUAGCAGCUAUCAAGAGUAGGAGUAUCCUUUAGUGGAUCUUGUUACACAGAUUCCGACAGUUUGCAUGUACAAAAAAGAUAGAAUUAAUGUACUAAAUCUAAAUUAUUAAAACGCCUAAUAUAAUUCAAAUUGGUAAUAUAAUUUGUAAAGCGUGUACUUGACUGAUAACUGUAUAUAAGAAGACACUAGAUAUUUUCCAAUAGCAUAAAUGCCAAUCAGUGAAUACAUAUACUUACAAUAAAAUGGUAUUAAUACCAUUGCAAGCUAUCCAGGGUAUCCAACAAAUUCUUACAUCACCCUUUAUGGAAGGAGAAUUAUAUCCUGGAGUGAAAACUGCAGAGAGAAGAACCUCUUAAAUCAGUUUGUAUCAUUUUACAACAACUAAAAUUAAUAAGUAUUACUUAGAUUUGUUGCAUUGAUGCUAUAAAUUUCUAUGGUGAUAAUAACUAGUAUCAUUUUAAUUGCUACUAUAUGUGAGAUAGGGUGGAGACUAAAAUCUUAAUGCUGUUGCAGGUAUUAGUCGCCAGACUGUUUAGUAAUUUUUUGUAGAAAGAGUUAAUUAACAAAUAAUGAGGUGUCAAUAACUGACUAUUGGAGACUUUAUGAUCCUUGCUAUGUCAUUUGGUUCUUCCUUUAUAUCAUUGCAUAAAUAAGCUGCUUCAUAAUAACAAUAAUAUUUGCUGCCUAAACUAAUAUAGAUUAAAGCUAAAUCAAAAAUAUCAGUUAGGCCAAGUGCUCUGAUGACCUAACAAACUCUAUCUUUAUUUAACUCAGUAACGAUAUUAGCAACGAUGUUUGGCCUAGUGACUUAAUUCUGCUUAUUCUUUAUCCUCUUUUUCUGGUAUUUUAAGCCUUAAUUUUUUUAUUUUUAUGGAGAGUUGUCACAAACCACAAACGUGAGUGGUUUAUUCAAAAAAUGAAUAAGAAGUAGCUCACAUCUUUAUCAAGCAAAGAUCCAGUCCUAACAUCAGAAGAAUCUGAAGAAGAAAACUUUUAAAAAAAUCUAAUUUAGCAGAAAAUAAUUGAAAAGCAACGACAUUAACAAAAUUAAGUCCUCCAAGCAGAUUUUAUUCAAAGACAAAAUUUAUUAAAUUAAAGUUUGUCUUACUUCAAUACGUCUAGAAGCAAUGUGACAAAUAAUGGAUAAACAUAUUAGUAUGAAUUAUCUAGAAUUACUUAUUUGUAGUAGAACUAAUAGAACAGCUUCAAUUCUUCUUCCUUCAAUGCAAGUUAAACCAAAAAUUAUAAUUCGAACAUCCAAAAAACGCAAAAUAAUUCAAAUUAAAACAACGUAAACAUUUCUAUUCCCAAUUCUUUAAAUAAUACUGUCCAUUCAGAACAUUUUGGAGGCAGCAACUACUAAAGUAGUUAAGAAUCUAAAUAGAAUCCUCCACCCUAGAAUAAAAUCAAUAAUACUAAUUCUAUUUUCUAAAAUAUUCAAAAAAAGUAAACGAAUCAUCUAAGGUCUACUAACCUAACAGCAAAUAAAGCAAUUAAGCAAAGCUUUCUUCAAGCUGAUGCUUUAUGA